CCGCGUCGGCAUCCAUCCAUCCGCAUCCCCGCGGCGUCCCAGCGGAGCGGCCUCCGGGGUGACGCGACGCCGCCGUGCUCGUGCCGUGGACUCGUGGGAGUGUGGGACCGAACCGAACCCUCUCGCUCUCCUCUCCCCUCCCCUUCCCCUUCCCCGGUUCGCCUCGCCCCUAUAAAUAUUGGCGCCCGGCCUGGCUCGGCCGGUGCCGUUCGAUCGCGCACCCGACUCCGCGACCCUCGAAGAAGUUGCAUGCCGCUGUCGAAGUCCGCUUCCGUGAGCGCGCGGGCCUGAGGGUUGUCGUCGUCGUGUCGGCUGGCGGACGCAUGGAGCACGGGAGCAUCAUCGCGUCGGCCGUCGGCGUGGGCGUCGGGGUGGGGGUCGGCCUCGGCCUCGUCUCGUCGCGGCUGACCGGGCUGGCGACUGGUGGCGGCGGCGGCGGCGGCGGUGGAGGAGGAGGCGGAGGCGGCGCGACGGCGGCGGAGGUGGAGGCGGAGCUGCGGCGGCUGGUGGUGGAUGGGCGCGACAUCGGCGUCUCCUUCGGCGAUUUCCCGUACUACCUAAGCGAGCAGACGCGGCUGGCGCUCACCAGCACGGCGUUCGUGCACCUCAGCCCGACGAUCUUGCCCAGUCACAUCCGCGCCCUCUCCACCUCCAGCCGCACCAUACUGCUCUGCGGCCCCUCAGAGGUGUACCUGCAGUCGCUCGCGAAGGCUCUCGCAAACCAGUUCAAUGCUCGCUUGCUGCUGCUCGAUGUCCUCGACUUCUCGCGCAAGAUCCAUCAUAAGUACGGCGGCCCAAGCAAUCCACAGGCCCGUGAGAGAUCCAUAACAGAGGGAGCCUUCAAUAAAGUGUCUAGUUUGGUUGGAGCUUUCAAUCUGUUUCGCAAGAAGGAAGAACCAACAGGAUCAUUGAACCGUGAAACCAAUUUACUUGAUCUCAGGACUAGUAAUUGUUGUAGUCACAACGCACCAUCAGUUCGGCUUCAGUUAUCCUUGAUACCUGUUGCAAAAGACCAUGGUUCAGAAUCUUCUAGAGAUUUUGAUUCAGCUAAACCAUACUGGGGUUUGAGUGAGAAGGUUCUCAUACAAUCCCUUUACAAGAUUAUUGUUUCUGCUUCUGAAAUAAGUCCAAUCAUUCUUUACAUAAGGGAUGUUGAAGACCUGCUUGGAUGUUCUGAAAAGGCAUACUGUAUGUUCCAGAAAAUGUUGAAAAAACUAUCUGGAAGGGUCAUCGUGAUUGGUUCACAAUUCCUUGAGUCUGAUCAGGAUAGAGACGACAUUGAGGAGUCUGUGUGUGCUCUUUUCCCUUGCAUUCUGGAGACUAAGCCUCCCAAAGAGAAGAACCUUCUUCAGAAAUGGAAGAUCCAGAUGGAAGAAGAUUCGAACAAUGACAAAAAUCGAAUGGUUCAAAACUACAUCGCCGAGGUGCUCUCGAAAAAGAGUCUUGAGUGUGAAGAUUUGGGCUCAAUCAAUGCAGAUGAUGAUUUUAAAAUCAUUGUGAAUUACCUAGAAGAAAUUAUAGCCCCAGCAGUCUCUUACCAUCUGAUGAAUAACAAGGACCCUAAAUACAGAAACGGGAACCUUGUCAUAUCUUCGGAGAGCUUAUCCCAUGGAUUACGCAUCUUCCAAGAGAGCAACAACCUUGGGAAAGAUACAUUAGAAGCAAAGGAUGAGACAGAGAUGGUAGUUCCAGACAGUGAGUACGAAAAGAAGAUCAGACAAACAGUUAUACCGGCAAAUGAAAUAGGAGUGACAUUUGAUGACAUUGGGGCACUGGCUGAUAUCAAAGAAUGGCUUCGCGAGCUUGUCAUGCUUCCUCUUCAACGGCCUGACUUCUUCAAAGGUGGUCUAUUGAAGCCAUGCAAGGGCAUUCUACUAUUUGGGCCACCUGGUACUGGGAAAACAAUGCUUGCCAAGGCCCUAGCAAAUGCUGCGGGUGCUAGCUUCUUGAACAUCUCUAUGUCUAGUAUGACAUCAAAAUGGUACGGAGAAUCUGAGAAGUGCAUCCAAGCCUUGUUCAGCCUUGCCGCUAAAAUUGCACCAGCAAUCAUUUUCGUCGAUGAGGUUGACAGCAUGCUAGGGCUGCGUGAUAACCCAAACGAAAAUGAGGCAUCGCGCAGAAUCAAGAAUGAGUUCAUGGCUCACUGGGAUGGACUCUUGUCUAAAUCCAAUGAAAGGAUCUUAGUCCUUGCUGCAACAAACCGGCCCUUUGACCUUGAUGAUGCUGUGAUAAGGAGAUUUGAGCACAGAAUCAUGGUCGGCCUCCCAACGUUGGAGAGUAGAGAGCUGAUUUUGAAGACAUUGUUGUCGAAAGAGACGGUUGAAAACAUUGAUUUUAAGGAGCUUGCCAAAAUGACUGAAGGAUACACAAGCAGUGACCUGAAGAAUCUUUGCGUGACGGCAGCUUAUCGUCCUGUCAGAGAGCUACUUCAGAAAGAAAAGAACGAGGACAAGAAGGAAACUGCACCAGAAACGAAUCAAGAACCAAAACAAAAAACCGAAAUUCAAGAAAUUGGGGCAACAAGUUCGGAUAGUAAGAAAGACAAGGACAAGCUUGACAACAAGGACAGUAAGAAAGACAAGCCUGAUGACAAGAAAGAUAAGUCAGACAAAGGCGAUGCUGGAGAGACUGCCCUCAGACCGCUAAACAUGCAGGACUUGAGGAACGCAAAGGAUGAGGUUGCUGCUAGCUUCGCUAGUGAAGGUGCCGUCAUGAGUAGGAUCAAGGAAUGGAAUGAGCUCUACGGCAAAGGCGGUUCGAGGAAGCCUGAGCAACUGACAUACUUUUUGUAGUGAAGGAUCGUUUAUUUGUAUAUACAUACUUGUAGUAAUGUGUUUGGAGUUGGUUGGCAAUUGCCCGCCGGAUGACUGGAUGUGCCUGCGCGUGGAGCUGAAGCAGAGAGGAACAGAGGAGGAAAACAAAUUCAAUUAGGAGUAGUCGUCCCUCAUUAAUUUGCUGAAUAAUGUUGAACCUUGAUCCAGGAAUAUAAUUGCUUGAUUAGAGCUGGAA